UCAAUGCAGAAAUACAAGUAAACUUAAUAAAUGGGUUUAAAACUAGUGUUCAUUCUAUUUUCUUAUUUGUUUCUUACGCAAAUUGUCGAAGGAAACAGUGAUUCAAUUUUACAGGAAUUUGAUUGUGUUGAUAUAUACAAACAACCCGCUUUCCAACAUCCGUUGUUAAAAAACCACAAGAUUCAGGAAAAUUUCAUUUUCCACGAAAACCAUAAUACAAACAAUAAAUAUAAAGAAAAUGAUCUAAGUUGUCCAAAAGGAACGGUGCCAAUUUUUAAGCAAAAAAAUGGAACUGGAAACUUUCAUCAGAACACAGUCGAGUAUUCUGGCCAACAUUUUGCAACAAUCGAGACCAUUUUGGAUGGGAGCAUUUAUCGAGGAGCAGAAGCUAUGAUAAGUGUUCAUAAUGUAACUGUGCAAAAUAACCAAUACAGUAAAAGUCAAAUUUGGUUAGAAAAUGGACCUCGAAGCGAACUCAAUAGCAUACAAUUUGGAUGGGCGGUUCAUCCAAGAUUAUAUGGUGAUACUUUGACGCGAUUUACAAUAUAUUGGACUGCGGAUGGAUAUAAAAAAACCGGGUGUUAUAAUACAAAUUGUCCUGGUUUUGUUGUUACUUGUCGAGAUCCCACCAUUGGAAGCUAUAUUAGUAGAUCCACUAUUUAUGGUGAUAAAACAACAGUUAUUAUCCAACCACAAGUUUUUCAGGAUGGUUUCACCGGAAACUGGGCACUAAAAAAUUUUGAUGAAGUAAUUGGUUAUUGGCCCAAAGAAUUAUUCCCACACUUAAAACAAGGAGCUUCUUUGGUACGAUACGGAGGAAAUACUUUCACAUCUCCGAAUGGAAUUAGUCCUCCAAUGGGAAAUGGACAUUUUCCGGUAGUUGACUUUCACAGAAGUUCAUAUUUUCUUCAUGUUAAAGUCAGGAAUUCAAAUUAUCAACUGGUUGAUAUUAAAGACAAGAUGGCAAGACGUUAUGCAGAUUCUUACCAGUGCUAUAGAGUAUCAUAUUGGGGUUAUUUCAAGUCAAAUGGAGUAUCUUUCUCUUUUGGUGGACCAGGUGGAAGCUGUGGUAUUUGAUGAUAGAUAAAUAAUUUAUAAUAAGAAGGAGAAAUGUUUUCUUAUAUUCAAUCGUAUUGUCAUAUCUCUUGCAGCAACAACCACGAUUUACAUAAUCUAUUGCUCUUACCAA